AUGGACCAACUCUCCGGCUGGCGAGUCGCCGCCAAACUCGAGAAGAAACGUCUUCUCUUCGCCAUCAACAGCAUCGCCGCCCUCUCGAUUUUCUUCUUCGGCUAUGACCAAGGGAUGAUGGGCGGCGUCAACAACGCCCAAAACUACAUCUCCCUCAUGAAGUUCGGCUACACCUCAGAAGAUGGCGAUCCUAUCGUAACAGAUUCACUCCUCCAAGGCGGCAUCGUCUCAGUCUACUACCUCGGAACCCUCUUCGGCUGCCUCCUAGGCGGCUGGACCGGCGACAAAGCCGGCCGCAUCAAAACCAUCGCGUUCGGCGCCCUCUGGGCCAUCCUCGGUGCCUCUCUGCAAUGCUCGGCCCAAAAUGCUAAUUGGAUGAUCUGUGCUAGAGCAGUGAAUGGAAUCGGGACUGGCGUGCUAAAUGCGAUUGUACCUGUUUGGGCUACGGAGACGGCGGAGGCGACGAGUAGGGGCCAGUUUAUUGCGGUGGAGUUUACGUUGAAUAUUUUUGGCGUUGUCGUUGCGUAUUGGUUGGAGUUUGGGUUGAGUUUUGUUGAUGGGGGGAGGAGUCCGAUAAGGUGGAGAUUCCCCAUUGCGUUUCAGAUCAUUCCGCUGCUAGUCUUGAUCUCGGUGGUCUGGUUCUUCCCAGAGUCACCGCGAUGGCUGUGCAAAGUCGGUCGUGAGAAGGAAGCACGAUACAUCCUUGGUCGCCUGAGAGGCGAAGACGCUCAAGGUGCUGCUCAGGCUGACGCUGAGUUCAACGACAUCAAGAACAUCGUUAUCCACGAACGCAAGACGGCGAACCGGAACAGCUACUUCUCCAUGCUCUUCGGGAUUGGAGCUGGUAAACUGCACACGGCGAGGAGAGUACAGCUUGUGGUCUGGCUACAGAUCAUGCAGGAGUGGAUUGGCAUCGCAGGUGUAACGAUCUACGCACCCACCAUCUUCCGCAUCGCAGGUUUCAGCUCCGAGAAAAGCCAAUGGAUCAGCGGUCUCAACAACAUCUUCUACAUGUUCUCGACCCUAAUCUGCGUCUUCACCUUAGAUCGAAUCGGCAGACGCUGGACGCUCUGGUGGGGCUCAGUUGGUAUGGGCAUCGCCAUGUUCCUCGCCGGGGGCAUGGCACGAGGAGGUCUAAACGCCAGAGCCGCGGGCGACGAAGCAGCCGCAAGUGCUUACGGCAUUGCUUCAGCGUCGUUCGUGUUUAUUUUCACUUCGAUUUUCGGAGCCACGUGGCUCACAGUGCCUUGGUUGUAUCCCGCCGAAAUCUUUCCCCUCGAAGUUCGCGCUAAAGGCAAUGCGUGGGGCGUCGUAGGCUGGUCCAUCGGCAACGGCUGGCUCACCCUUCUCUGCCCGGUCAUGUUCAACGCAAUCGGCGAGAAAACCCUCUACAUCUUCGGGGCUUGUAACGUCAUUACCAUCCCCAUGGUCUGGGCGCUGUACCCAGAGACGAAUCAGCGGACCCUGGAGGAGAUGGAUCUGGUGUUUGCGGCGGAUAGUCCGUGGGUUUGGGACGCGGAGAGGAACUUUCAGAGGUUGAAGGCGGAGAGGCCGGAUCUUGUGCAGGCGGCGAGCAGGGGGAAUUCGGUCGUGGAUCCGGAGGCUGGGAUUAAAGUGACGGAGACGCAUGAGGCGAGCCAGGAGGUGCCGAAGAUGGAUUGA